UUGAUCAAAACAUGCACACUGAAACUGAUUAGAGUUAGUGGUAAAGACAAACAAACCGCUUUCUGGACUAUUUCGCUUUAUGUGCGUUUAGUGUUCACUGUAAAAUUAACGUUAAAUGAUUUGGACGUUCAUUAUUUUGUAACAUAAACCUGAAAAAAUGAAUCUGAACAAAAUCAGAGUCUUGACCAGACAUGUGUUUGUAUGCAAACAUCUUCUGAGCAGGUCAUACGUGAGAUUUGCUAAAUGUGAAGUGGUCAGAUUUCCUCACUGUGCCUCAAAAUUAUUUGCAAACGCAAUACCAUCCCAAAGUUUAAAGCCUGGGCUUGUAGUUCCAGUUCUGCCAGCAAGGACUUUGUCUUUGACAGCUUGCAUGUUCAAAAGUGACAACACAGAUGACAACAAUGUAGAGGAGGAUGAACUUGAUGAUGCAGAAAUAGAGACGCUGUUUCAGGAGCAGAUCCCGUCUGGUGUUGGUAAAGAAGACCACAGAGUCUUCAUUGUUCACCCUGAUGUGAAAUGGGGGAGCAGAAAGCAAUAUCUGACCACAGCGGCACUUCAGAUGGAAGAGGCUGUUGGCCUGGUGAAAACUUUAAACAAGUGGAGUGUUGUUGACAAGCUCAUCCUCUCCACCAAGACACCGGAGAAGAAAAGAAUUUUCGGAAAGGGAAACUUUCAGAUGCUUACAGAGAAGAUUAGAGCUACUCCUGGGGUCACAGCGGUCUUUGUGAAUGUGGAACGCCUUUCACCUUCAUCAGAAAAAGAUUUUGAGGAAGCCUGGGGAGUAAAGGUGCUUGACAGAUACUCACUUGUUCUGCACAUUUUCCGCUGUAACGCUAAAACGAAAGAAGCCAAACUGCAGAUCUCUUUGGCAGAGAUUCCCCUGUUCAGAUCACGCCUGAGAAAUGAAGUUGCUAAUUUAGACCAGCAAGGUGGCGGUUCAAGAUACAUUAUGGGUUCUGGUGAAACCCUGUUUGAAAUGCAGCAACGAUUAUUGAAGGAGCGAGAGCUGAAGAUCCGAUCAGCCCUGGAGCGACUGAGGAGGAAGAGGCAUCUGCUGCGCUCGCAGCGCAAACACAAAGACUUUCCCAUCAUCUCUGUCAUGGGCUACACCAACUGUGGUGAGAUUUUAAUUCUUAUUAAUCUGUUAUGUGAGAUUGUAAGAAGCACAUUAAACAGUCUUUGUUUUUUUGAAGGUAAAACCACUCUGAUUAAAGCUCUGACUGGAGAUGAUGGGCUUCAACCUAAAGACCAGCUCUUUGCCACAUUGGAUGUUACAGUACAUGCAGGACAGCUGCCGUGUCACAUGACUGUACUGUAUGUAGAUACCAUUGGCUUUUUGUCGCAGCUCCCUCAUCAGCUGAUAGACUCCUUCUCUGCCACGCUGGAGGAUGUGACACAUUCUGACCUCAUAAUUCACGUGAGAGACAUCAGUCAUCCAGAAACUGUCAGUCAAAAGGUCAAUGUACUGAAUGUGCUGAACAAUCUUCAGAUCCCAGAAAGACUACUGAACUCCAUAAUAGAGGUGCACAAUAAGAUUGACCUCAUUGAGGGAUAUGAGUCCAGUGAUCCUGAGGUUAUCCCUAUAUCAGCUCUGAAGCAGCGUGGUCUGGAGGCAUUAAAAGAAAAGAUUGAAGAAGCUGUGCUUAAGUAUACUGGAAAACAAAUGAUGACCCUCAAGGUGCAGCUCAACACCUCUCAAUUAUCUUGGCUGUAUAAAGAGGCGACGGUUCAGGCAGUAGAUGAUGUAGGAGAUGACUGCUCCGCCACUGUCAAGGUCAUCAUUAGCCAGGCUGCAUAUGGCCGCUACAGGAAGCUGUUUCAGGUCACCUCAUAACAGACGGCUCCCAUUGCACAGCCAGAUUGUCCAAAAUAAUACAUGCACUUAAAUAAUGAUAUGUAAAUAUUUAUUUGCUUUAUAAGUAGUAUUUAAAAAUGAAAAAGCCUAUAUUUUGAUACAAUAAAAUUGCACAUUGAGAAGCAAAGAUGAUGUGUGGUAAUAUGAACAGCUCAUGAAUGCCGCUUAUCAAAAAUGUCCAUUGAGCAGCAGUAAACAGCAAAGGUGACAACAAUGAGGAUUAAAUAUUGCACUUUUGGACUGACCUGCAUACGCUUCUUGGCUGUAAACCUUAUGUUUGUUGAACAUUAUGCCGAAAAAUGGGAUCUGUCGGAGAACUUUUACAUCUAAAGCUUUUGUAGAGCACUAAAGCAAGGUUACUGACUGGUACAAAAAAUGAGAAUUUAUCACUCCGGUGCUAUCUUCUCUCCAUUGGUUGUCAGUCAAGUGCAGGAUUGAUUUUAAGAUGUUUUCCCUGGUUUUUAUCCUUUAUGUACUGUUGGGGAUGUUUUCAUCCACUCUGGGCUGAUUUUAAAGUAUUAAUUUGGCCAUGAUUUUUUCUGUGUUUCAGCUAGCAGAAUGAUUUUUGGUGACAAAUCGUAUUUUCACACAGAUUUUAAGAAUAUGCUUUG